AAGCUGACAGUUUUGCUUCACAUUUUACUUGGCUCUGCACACCUGGACUGCGCUGACAUCCUCCUAGUUCCAGCUCCUGCUUCCAAAGUACAGCACGAGUGAUACAGCGUGAAGAUGGCAGUGUCAGCAGCUAUAGCUGGAGCCUCGUUGCUAGGAGUAACAGCAGAGCAAAUCUCCAGAAAUAUACAGACAAACAGAAAUGUUACUAUUUCAAUUCAAAACAACUGUGAUUUCUCUCUAACAAACCCAAGGCUGACCCACUUCCCGGCCCCGGAAACGAACUGUCAGGCCAGCCCUUCCAGGAUUUACACGUUCAGUGGAUAUAACGUAGAUCCUCCUCAGCCAACCAUCAAAGAAAAAACCACAGCCGUGUGUUCCUUCAGCAAAACCAGUGAUACAGCAUGUGGAAGUGUGGGUGUCUUAACCUACGAUGUCAUCAAGAACAAUGAUCCUGUCGAAUGCAUUGCCAUGAUGUUUUCUGUACCAUAUGAUUACAAUUUGUAUGAAAACUGGUUCGCUAUAGGGGCCAUUAGUGUAGGAACGUCCUGUGAUCAUGCCUUAUACAAUCAAAUGUAUAACGAGGGGGGGAAGGGUUUCAUCAGAAAACAAGCAACAGCUGGGCUCAUAGAGUUUACUGGGGAAGCUGUUGAAAUAAAAGCCACAAUGUCUCCCGCCGGCAGGUCAGUAAUGAAGGUUGAAGUGUGGAACAAACGUACACGUGAUUGAGACAUACUGUGCUUGCUUUUCAAUGCCCUGAUAUUUGCAUGCAUGAAAUCAUUCUUCUCACCUAUUGCAAAAAAAGUCAUAUAGUGAGCACUAGAUGUGUUUUACUUUUUAUACUGUAUAAAAGCAUUUUCAACAUGUAUAACAAACUAUGGAUUGUGUUGAUGCUGUUGAUAUAAAUGAACACUGUACUGUACGUACACUUCUAACCUAUAUGUUCACUUUUAGCCUGUAUGUACACUUAUAACAUGUCCUUUAUUGGACAACUUGAGGUGAGGUGGUAUGUGUUUUUUUUUAGUAAACUCAGUAAAAGGCAUUUUUCUUCCAAAGAGAUGAACUCACUAAAAUAACAAUUGUACAAUGCAAAUGAAUUUUCUACUUAGCUGCUAAGCCUAUUUUCAUGCAGUUCUUAGUUAUUAAAGCUUGUA